AUGAUACCAAGGCCGAGCAUAUUCAACGGUGGUUGUGACGGGAAUGAGCAGCGCAACCCCAGGAACUGGCGCCCUUGGAAAAAGCGCCUCUUGUUCUUUGCCCUUAUGUCCAGUUCCAUCUUGGCUGAUGGCGGUAUGACUUGGGGGGCCACCCUGAUUGAUAUCAGCGUCGAUAAGUCAGCGACAACAAUGAACUACGGCAUGCUGUUGCAGGGGGUCGGUGGCUUGAUGGCUAAUCCUCUGAUUGAAGCCUACGGACGCGUCUUCACCACGUUUCGCUCGCUUCAGGGCCUUUUCGGCACCGCGCCCCAGGUGGUUGGUCUGCCGAUCAUCCAUGACAUGUACCCCCCGGAAGAUGCGGCGGGAACAACAUUCCUUGUUGGACCGUUUCUGGGGCCUGCGCUGGCCGGUUAUAUCGGGGCAGGCAGUAACUGGAAAGUUUCAUUUGGGAUUCUUACCGUCUUCUACGGCUUAUCUACACUCCUUGUUUUUGUCUUCGGCCAUGAAACUUAUUAUGUGCCUGGCCGCCAGUAUCAGCGGAACAGUCGUCUCUUGUCAAUGGUCGGCGUCAAAAACCACAAUCUGCCUGCUGGGCCGACCUUGCUUUACUGGUGCAAGACCAUGGUGAUCUACAUCUUCAAGCUUCCUUUGCUGCUGACUGGGAUCGCGACUAUGAUCAACUUCUGCUGGCCAAUCGGUAUUACGGUCACCGUGUCCACCUUCGUGGCCGAGCCCCCAUACUUGUUCAACACCGCUGCUAUUCUGGGCGCGCUACUCGGCUGGGUCUACGGUUACUGGUUCAAUGGCUGGGUUAGUCGGUCCAGUCCGACGACAUACUACACGGAGAAGCGACUUCAUGGGGUCUGGGCGGCCAUCAUUACCAUAGCCUGUGGCCUGCUUACCUACGGCCUUACACUGAGCUAUAUCGCCGGCAUGGUGGCGAACCUUAGAUCCAUUACCGCCUAUGAACUGGAGAAAUAUCCCGAGCAGUCUACGGUGGUCUCUGCCAUUAUCAAUACUUGGCGCACCGCGAGUGGAUUCUCGGUGGGCUAUUUCCAGCCCGCCUGGAUCCAACGCGAUGGAAUCGCUGCGGUCUUUGGCACACAAGCCGCCGUCGUGGUGGCUAACAUAAUUCUGACCAUCACUCCGGUCAUCGUUAUGAGACGGCGAGAGAUCGCACCCAAGGUAACAUUGGCAUAG